ACGCGUGCACGAGCUCCCUCACUUCAGUCCGGGUCCUCGCGCUCGCUCCGCUCUUCAACAUCCGCCGCCGGACCGCAUCACCGCCUCGUCUCGCCCCCCUCCUCCAGCAACAACAACAGUCGAGAGCGCGAGGGAACAAAUUCAUCCGCCGUCAAGAACGAGUGCCGCCGCGGAGAGUUCUAAGGAACGGGGGGAGGGGAGGAUUUUUUUUGUUGGCGUUUAAGUAAAAAAAAAGUCUUCUUUAACAAACUCAUAAUUACGGAUUAAGUUAUUUAAUUUAACUAAAAAAAAAUCUACACCACCGCGUUAACUUUAAACACGUAUUUUUUUUAGAGAGACAGGAGAAAAAAAUAAUCUUUAUUUAAAACAAAGCGAGCGGGAAUUUUUUUUUUGGGGGGUUCGCUCUUCUGCGGCGGAGGGAUCUUGCCGGCCGGCUUCUUGGCGUGAUUCGCCUUCCCGCCUUCCUUCCUCCCUCGUCCUCCAUCGCCGCCACCAGCGGCAUACAACAACGUAAAGCGACCUCGACUUCCACCUAACCCAAGCAAACAACUACGCCAUGCCUGGGUACUCGAGCGAUAGAGAUCGCUCGCGCGAUCGCGGAGGAGGAUAUGGCGGCAGCUCGAGCUCGCGGUUUGGCGGGGGCGGCGGGGGCGGGGGCGGGGGCGGCUCGUUCGGCGGGGGCUUGCGCAAGUUCGGGCAGCCGGGCGAGCGGCUGCGCAAGGUGAAGUGGGACCUCGCCAAGCUGCCCAAGUUCGAGAAGAACUUCUACAAGGAGCACCCCGACGUGCUGCGCCGGCCAUCCAGGGAGGUGGAAGAGUUCCGCAUGCACAAGGAGAUUAAGAUCAAGGGGACCACCUGCCCCAAGCCGGUGUUCCACUUCCACGAGGCCGACUUCCCCUCCUACGUGAUGAACGUGAUCGAGUCCCAGAACUUCAAGGAGCCGACUCCCAUCCAGGCGCAGGGCUGGCCCCUGGCCCUGAGCGGCAGGGACAUGGUCGGCAUUGCCAAGACGGGGUCGGGCAAGACCCUAUCGUAUCUGCUGCCAGCGGUUGUUCACAUCAACCACCAGCCCUUCCUGGAGCGUGGAGACGGCCCAAUCGUGCUGGUGCUGGCUCCCACUCGCGAGCUGGCGCAGCAGGUGCAGGCCGUCGCCGAGGAGUACGGCAAGAGCUCCCGCGUCAAGACCACGUGCGUGUAUGGCGGGGCGCCCAAGGGGCCCCAGCUGCGGGACCUGGAGAGAGGCGUGGAGAUCUGCAUCGCCACCCCGGGCCGCCUGAUCGACUUCCUGGAGUCGGGCAAGACGAACCUGCGCCGCUGCACCUACCUGGUGCUGGACGAGGCCGACCGCAUGCUUGACAUGGGCUUCGAGCCGCAGAUACGCAAGAUUGUCGACCAGAUCCGGCCCGACCGGCAGACCCUCAUGUGGAGCGCCACGUGGCCCAAGGAGGUGCGCCAGUUGGCGGAGGACUUCCUGCGCGAGUACAUCCAGAUCAACGUGGGCUCCAUGGACCUGUCGGCCAACCACAACAUCCUGCAGAUCGUGGACGUGUGCAGUGACAACGAGAAGGACAAUAAGCUGAUGCGCCUGAUGGAGGAGAUAAUGGCCGAGAAGGAGAACAAGACGAUCAUCUUUGUGGAGACGAAGAGACGCUGCGACGAGCUCACGCGUAGGAUGAGACGCGACGGCUGGCCCGCCAUGUGUAUCCAUGGAGACAAAAGCCAACCGGAGCGUGAUUGGGUACUCACAGGUGAGUGAGCUUCUCACCCCCUCGGUGUAGUCUUGUGUAGUGCGAGUCCAGCCGGCUGGUGUGCAGAG